AGGGCCUCAGAGCUGCCGUCGCUCCCUGCACCCUGCCGCGAUGCCCGCCCGCACGGCCCCUGCCCGAGUGCCUGCCAUGGCCACCCAGGCUGUCUCCUUACCCGAGCACGUCCGCAGGCGGCUCAAAGACUUGGAAAGAAACAGCUUAACAGAAAAGGAGUGUGUGAAAGAGAAAUUGAAUCUCCUGCAUGAUUUUCUGCAAACGGAAAUAAAGAAUCAGUUAUGUGACUUGGAAAUCAAGUUACAUAAAGAGGAAUUAUCUGAGGAGGGCUACCUGGCUAAAGUCAAAUCCCUUUUAAAUAAAGAUUUGUCUUUGGAGAGUGGGACUCACACUCUCAAUCGAGAAGCGAACGGCUGUUUACAGAACGGGAGCCAGCCAAGCCGCCAAGGCAGGAGAGUAGCAAUGGCCGAGUCAAACACGUCCCCCAAGCCGGGUUCCAAGCCUCGUACACCCAGGAGAAGCAAGUCUGACAGUGAGACUAAGUACGAGGCUUCAUCUAGCUCCAUGGUCACGCGGAGAGCUACCAGGCAGACCACUAUAACAUCUCAUUUCACAAAGGGCCCUGCCAAAAGGAAGCCUGAGGAAGAAUCUGAAAGGGCAGUCUCAGAUGAGUCUGUUGGAGAUGACGAGAGAGACCAGGAUGAGAAGCGCCGCAGAGUUACAGCCACAGAAACAACAUGUAAGCAGAAACCAAGCGAGGAUCCAGAUGGGGAAGCAAGACCCGGAGCUCGUGCUGAAACGGAUGAAGAGGUAAAGGAUGAAAAGAAGCCUAGAAGUCAACCCAGAGAUCUAGCUGCCAAAAGGAGACCUGAGGAGACUGAGCCUGAGCGAGUGACCCCACAGACAUCUGACGACAGAGAUGAGGAUGAGAGGGAGGAGAAGAGACGGAAAACAACGCCCAAAGAAACGGUUGAGAAAAAAGUGGCCCGAAGCAAAGCAGCCAUGAACACAAAGAUCCAGCCGCCCCGGUGCAUCCAGUGUGGGCAGUACCUGGAUGACAUUGACCUGAAGUAUGAGCAGCACCCACCUGAUGCACUGGAGGAACCCCAGAUGUUGACCAAUGAGAAACUGUCCAUCUUCGACGCCAACGAGUCAGGCUUUGAGAGCUAUGAGGCUCUUCCUCAGCACAAGCUGACAUGCUUCAGUGUGUAUUGCAAGCGAGGCCACCUGUGCCCAAUUGACACCGGCCUCAUCGAGAAGAAUGUGGAGCUCUACUUUUCUGGUUCAGCAAAAGCAAUCUAUGAAGAUGACCCAUCUCAGGAAGGAGGUGUUAAUGGUAAAAACCUUGGCCCCAUCAACGAGUGGUGGAUCACUGGCUUUGAUGGAGGAGAAAAGGCCCUCAUUGGCUUCAGCACCUCAUUUGCCGAGUACAUUCUGAUGGAGCCCAGCCCUGAGUAUGCACCCAUAUUUGGGCUGAUGCAGGAGAAGAUUUACAUCAGCAAGAUCGUGGUCGAGUUUCUACAGGGCAAUCCUGAUGCGACCUACGAAGACCUCAUCAAUAAGAUUGAGACCACCGUCCCUCCUUCUGCCAUCAACCUGAACCGUUUCACAGAGGACUCUCUGCUUCGCCAUGCUCAGUUUGUGGUGGGACAGGUAGAGAGCUAUGAUGAUGCCAAGGACAGUGAUGAGCAGCCCAUUUUCCUGAGCCCCUGCAUGAGAGACCUCAUCAAGUUGGCUGGGGUCACCCUGGGACAGAGGCGAGCUGAGAGGCGACAGACUAUCAGGCACCCCACCAAGGAGAAGGACAAAGGGCCCACAAAAGCCACCACCACCAAAUUGGUCUACCAGAUUUUUGACACUUUCUUUGCAGAACAGAUCGAGAAGGAUGACAGGGAAGAUAAGGAAAAUGCCUUUAAACGCCGACGUUGUGGUGUCUGUGAGGUCUGUCAACAGCCUGAGUGUGGAAAGUGCAAAGCAUGUAAGGACAUGGUUAAAUUUGGUGGCACUGGAAGGAGCAAACAGGCUUGUCUAAAGAGGAGGUGUCCCAACAUGGCCAUGAAGGAGGCAGAUGAUGAUGAGGAAGUUGAUGAUAAUAUCCCAGAAGUGCCAUCACCCAAAAAAAUGCACCAAGGGAAGAAAAAGAAACAGAAUAAGGAUCGGAUUUCUUGGACUGGGAAAUCUGUGAAGAGUGAUAAAAAGAGACUCUACUAUCGGGCAGUGUGCAUUGAUGAGGAGGAUCUGGUGGUGGGGGACUGCGUCUCUGUCAUUCCAGAUGAUUCCUCCAAGCCACUGUAUCUAGCAAGGGUUACAGCAUUGUGGGAGGACACGCUUACCAACCACAUGAUGUUCCAUGCUCACUGGUUCUGUGCUGGGACAGAUACGAUCCUUGGGGCCACCUCUGACCCUCUGGAACUGUUUCUAGUGAAUGAGUGUGAGGACAUGCAGCUCUCAUACAUUCACAGCAAGGUCAAGGUUGUUCACAAAGCACCCUCAGAAAACUGGGCCAUGGAAGGUGGCAUGGAUCCUGAGGCUGUGCUGCCGGGGGAAGACGACGGGAAGACCUACUUCUACCAGCUAUGGUAUGACCAGGAGUAUGCGAGGUUUGAGUCUCCUCCUAAGAUUCGGCCAACAGUGGACAAUGAGUUCAAGUUCUGUAUGAGCUGUGCCCGGCUGGGUGAGCUGAGGCAGAAGGAAAUGCCCAAGGUCCUGGAACAGGUUGAUGAGGUGGAUGGCCGGCUGUUCUACAGCUCUGUCACGAAGAAUGGCAUCCUCUACCGGCUGGGUGACUGUGUCUACCUACCUCCUGAGGCCUUCAGCUUCAACAUCAAGCUGUCCAGCCCUGUGAAACGCCCAAGGAAGGAGCCUGUGGACGAGGACCUCUAUCCAGAACACUACCGGAAGUACUCAGACUACAUCAAAGGCAGCAACCUGGAUGCCCCUGAGCCCUACCGCAUUGGCCGAAUAAGAGAGAUUUUCUGCAACAAGAAGUGCAAUGGCAAAGCCAAUGAGACUGACAUUAAGAUCCGGGUCAACAAGUUCUAUAGGCCCGAGAACACCCACAAGUCUACCCCAGCGAGCUACCACGCGGACAUCAACCUGCUCUACUGGAGUGACGAGGAGGCCGUGGUGGACUUCAAGUCUGUGCAGGGCCGCUGCACUGUGGAGUAUGGGGAGGACCUGCUGGGAUGUCUCCAGGAUUACUCGGAUGGGGGCCCUGACCGCUUCUAUUUCCUUGAGGCCUAUAACGCAAAGAGCAAAAGCUUCGAAGACCCACCCAACCAUGCACGCAGCCCCGGGAACAAAGGGAAAGGCAAGGGGAAAGGGAAAGGCAAGACAAAGUCUCAGGCAUCUGAGCCUAGUGAGCCCAGUGAGCCCCAGCCAGUCCUCAAGUUGCCCAAGCUGCGGACCUUGGACGUGUUUUCUGGCUGUGGAGGGUUAUCUGAGGGAUUUCACCAAGCAGGCAUCUCUGAGACACUGUGGGCCAUUGAGAUGUGGGAGCCUGCUGCCCAGGCAUUCAGGCUGAACAACCCUGGCUCCACGGUGUUCACGGAGGACUGCAAUGUGCUGCUCAAGCUGGUCAUGGCUGGGGAGGUGACCAACUCUCUGGGCCAGCGGCUGCCUCAGAAGGGCGAUGUGGAGAUGCUGUGUGGAGGGCCGCCUUGCCAAGGCUUCAGUGGCAUGAAUCGCUUCAACUCUCGGACCUACUCCAAGUUCAAAAACUCCCUGGUGGUCUCGUUCCUCAGCUACUGUGACUACUAUCGGCCGCGGUUCUUCCUCCUGGAGAAUGUCAGAAACUUUGUCUCCUUCAAGCGCUCCAUGGUGCUAAAGCUCACACUGCGCUGCCUGGUCCGCAUGGGCUACCAGUGCACCUUCGGUGUGCUGCAGGCUGGGCAGUAUGGUGUGGCCCAGACACGGAGGCGGGCCAUCAUCCUGGCUGCAGCCCCAGGAGAGAAGCUGCCCCUAUUCCCAGAGCCUCUGCACGUGUUUGCGCCCCGUGCCUGCCAGCUGAGUGUAGUAGUUGAUGACAGGAAGUUUGUCACUAACAUCACCAGGUUGAGCUCCGGCCCGUUCAGAACCAUCACAGUGCGGGACACCAUGUCUGACCUCCCUGAGAUCAGCAAUGGAGCCUCCUUGCCAGAAAUCUCCUACAAUGGGGAGCCUCAGUCCUGGUUCCAGAGACAGCUGCGGGGCUCACACUACCAGCCCAUCCUCAGGGACCAUAUCUGCAAGGACAUGAGUCCGUUGGUGGCUGCCCGCAUGCGGCACAUCCCGCUGGCACCAGGCUCAGACUGGCGUGACCUGCCCAACAUCGAGGUACGGCUGACCGAUGGCACUCUGGCCAAGAAGCUGCGUUACACCUACCAUGACAAGAAGAACGGCCGCAGCAGCAGUGGAGCCCUGCGUGGGGUCUGCUCCUGCGUAGAAGCCGGCAAAGCCUGUGACCCUACAGCCAGGCAGUUCAACACCCUCAUCCCCUGGUGCCUGCCGCACACCGGAAACCGGCACAACCACUGGGCCGGCCUCUACGGGCGCCUCGAGUGGGAUGGGUUCUUCAGCACCACUGUCACCAACCCUGAGCCCAUGGGCAAGCAGGGCCGUGUGCUCCACCCUGAGCAGCACCGCGUGGUGAGCGUGCGGGAGUGCGCCCGCUCCCAGGGCUUCCCGGACGCCUACCGGCUCUUUGGUAAUAUCCUGGAUCGGCACCGGCAGGUGGGUAAUGCUGUGCCACCGCCACUGGCCAAAGCCAUCGGCUUGGAGCUAAAGCUCUGUAUGUUGGCUAAAGCACAGGAAAGUGUCUCAGCAGCAGUCCAGGAGUGUGCCCCCUCGGCAGCAGUCCAGGAGUGUGCCCCUUCAGCAGCAGUCCAGGAGUGUGCCCCCUCGGCAGCAGUCCAGGAGUGUGCCCCCUCGGCAGCAGUCCAGGAGUGUGCCCCCUCGGCAGCAGUCCAGGAGUGUGACCCUUCAGCAAAAACGGAGGAGACAGCCAUAAAAGACUAAUCCUGCCUUCCUGUCACUCUUGUCCCCACACGCACUGAUGUUGUCUUUAGCCAUUGAAGGCCAUCGGUUCCUAUGUGUUUGCAGUGUUUGUGGCCUUGGCUGACAGGGAGCCUCUGCGAGGCCCUUGUGAUCAGGCUGUACCGUCCUGUGCGUUCUGGAUUGUCAGAAUUUUCUAUUAUGCAUUGUAUCAAAUCUACCACUGUAUGAGAGGAAAUUAAGACUUUAUGUAGUUUUUAUAUGUUGUAAUAUUUCUUCAAAUAAAUCUCCUAUAAAGCAGGA